CAACAAUACUUCCGGGUGGUUUGUUUUGUUUUGUUGGCCUGACAGCAGCAGUUAGCUUCAAGCUAAAAUAAAGUAAAAUAAAUUAAUAUAUAUAUUUAAAGAUGUCAGCCACAGAGGACGACACAGAGCUGCGGGACCUGCUGAUCCAGAAUCUGGAGAAUAACGGAGUCCUCAACAAGCUCAAGCUCCUGUUGUCUGUCCUCAUGUCUGUCCUUGUGUCUUCAGCUCCUGUUGUCUGUCCUCAUGUCUUCAGCUCCUGUUGUCUGUCCUCAUGUCUCACUGAGGACCAUCAGAUGGACAUGAGUAACCUGUUAAUGAGUCUUGUCUCAGCUGAUCUACAGACUGUGUGUGUGUUUCAGAAUAAAAUUCCUCUGAUCAAUGAAAACCUGAAGAAAUGUCUCAACACUAAAGACGGACGCCUUGUGGCCAGUCUGAUCAUGGACUUCCUGCAGGUGUUUAACCUGGACUUCAGCCUCGCCGUGUUCCAGCCGGAGAUAAACUGGCUGAACGGCGUGGACAGUCGGGAGCUGGUCUGCAGAGAUCUGGGUCUGUCAGAGUCGGAGGUCAACAGGAAGUCUCCUCUGCUGCUGGAGCUGGUCAGGAGAGGACGCCACAAACUGACUGAGGGAGACAGAAGUGGAAACAUCCUGAAGGAACCGUCUCAGAGACAGAUCUCACUCGCUCGGAAGAAGUUUGACUUUUACGACAAGGACGGGAGCAGCUCGGUGCUGAGAGAAGAUCUGAAGAACAUCUUCAUGGAUCUGUUCCCCAGUCUCAACAAGUACCACACACACUGUGACACACACAAUGCAAUCAGAAUCAGAAUCAGAAUCAGAAAUACUUUAUUGAUCCCCGAGGUGUCACCUCACCUGGAGCUGAUAGGCUCACAGCAGAAAGAACAAACCAGCAGGACACCAGAGUCUGUCCUCAGGGUGUCCACAUACUUUUCUGUGGAUUUCCAGCUGUUUAUGGGGUGUUACAGACGUCUCUUCUCUCAGUGCUGCAGCGUGGUGGUUCAGGACUCUGAUGUCAGUCACCUACCUGAGGAGAAGAUCAGCGGCUCACCUGUCAGUCAGAUCCCCAGAUAUAAAGGAGGACAGAGUCAGACUGCAGCAAAGGACUCGGGAGUCGUGGCUUCUGUGGGUAAAGGAGACCUUCAGCAGCAGGGCUCCAGAAACAGCGAGGCGUCUGACCACAAGAAGGAGCCUCUGGACCUGAACCUGGAGGUGGAGGACGAUCCUGAAGACGGGGACUCGUUUUUCGACGACCCGCUGCCCAAACCACAGAAGACCUAUGGCUGUGUUGUCCCCCUGAGGGAGGAGUGUCUCUCUGGGCCCGUGGUGUCCUCCAUGAGGCGAGGCAAAAGCCUCAGCGAUCUGUCUGUCCUUGCUGCUGACUCAGAGGACGAGGGAGACGAUGGUCUCUCUGAACACAGUCAGAGCUCUGAGCUCAGGAAGGUGGAGGCGACAGGGGCCAGAGGGAGUCCAGCAGGGUCCCUGUCAGAGGCCCCGAGACCAGGAGGAGGAGGAGGAGGAGGAAGCAGUGCCUCAGAGCAGAGCCACAGCAGGAACGGAGCGUUGAACUCCAGACAGCGAGGCUUCAGAGACUCAAAGGCUCCGAAUGAUCAAACUGGAUCUCUACACAUUGAUGACGAUGUGGAAUACGACGAUGACUUUAACAGCCAUCGGUCGGACCUGUCCAAGAGCGAGCUCAGCAUCGGCGAGGAGAUCGAGGAUGUUUCCAUCGAGGGACCCGACAACAGCGACAAGUUUGAUGAAACCACUCAGGAUCUGAGCGUCUCUCAGCUCAGUCACAGUCAUGGAGCCGACUACAUGGAGGACGUGGCCUGACCUUCCCAUCAUGCACCUCUUUGUGUCGUCAAUAUUUGUCUGUACAGCGUCAAGGAGAAAAUAAAGUCAUUUGUAUCCAGA